CAUCCACGCAUAAUGGAUCGGAAAUACCCUGGCAGAUAACCCUUCAGGGAGUGUUUCGGGGUGUCUCUCGCGUCUGGGGGAUGGACGUCUCUGUUUGAGAAGAUUGGAGAAACCAAUCAAUUGUCGGAUUGACAUCUCGACCUGCAUCCUUCUGGUCAGCCUGUCUCUCCCUCCUCACCAGGGCGUUUGCUCCGAUGCUGCCAUCAUCUAUUCUCGCAGCAAAAUAGAUGACCUAGAGAAAGCGAGCACCAUGACCGUUUGGGCCGCAGAGCAAUAAGAACAACAACAAUAAUUGUCCUCCAAGAUGAACAACAACCGCCAGACCACAUUCCGAUGGCCAUAUCUCUACCAUCUGCUCCUCGUCCUCCUCCAUCUUACAAUCCUAAGCGCCGCCUCUACCUCCCAGCAGCAACAGCAAAAGCAACAACAACAAACCACCAUCAUCAUCGUAACCGUUACAGCCACCACCGCCCCGACACCGACCAUUCCGCACCCGCCCUCCUAUACCUCUCCCGACGUCUUUGAAAACACCAUCCUCAACGUGACAAACACCUACCGUCAAGCCCACAACGCCAGCAAUUUGGUCUGGAACAAGACGCUUAGCGAAUAUGCGAAGAAAUGGGCUGCUGGGUGUAGAUGGAUGCAUUCGCACGGCCCCUACGGCGAAAACCUCGCCUUCGGCUACCCUAACGUCACCGCCGCCGUCGCCGCCUGGGGCGACGAAGGCCUGAAAUACAACUUCCGCGAGCCGACGGGGUUCACCGAGGAGACGGGCCACUUUACGCAGUUGGUGUGGCGGGCUACGAUGGAGGUGGGGUGCGCGGCGGUGGAUUGUGGGUAUCAUGAGAAUAACAACGAUAAUGUGAAUGAAGGGAAGGGGAGUGCUGCGGGCUCUGGCACUAACAAUAAACAGGAUGGGGAAAGUGCGAAUGGCAAUGGGAAUGGCAACAGUGUGCAGCGGCCGCAGGGCUGGUACGUGGUGUGUGAGUAUGCGCCGCCGGGGAAUGUGGUCGGCGGCAAUGACAAGCUGGGCGAUAAGGCGUUCUUCCGCAUUAAUGUGCAGGCGACGAGUACGUAUGCGGGGCCGUGGCAGACAGGCGACGGGAAUGGGAAUGGGAAUGGGGGUAGUAAGACUUCGGUGGCGUCGAGUACCUCGGGGGCUGCUGGUGGGGGCUUCUGGAUGUCGUGGGAUUGUGGUUGGUCUCUGAUGUUGCUGUUGUUGUUCGGGGGGUGGUGGCUGUCGAUGAUUGUUGAAUAUUGUUGA